GGUUACAUGGUUUCAUGGUAACCCCCUUUGAAGGCUGCGUGCAAGCCAUGCUGUUUGUAAAUCUGUCUUCAAACUAUUAGGCAACGAAGAUUCAAGGAAUAUAAGAGCAAGCGUUCAAGUACGAAAAAACAGUCGCUCGGUGAAAACAAACAUAGAGUCAUCUAAGCAUACCCACUUAGGCAAAUAGACACUGCAUAUUAUAUACCUUCAUUCUAUUUUGUACGACUGGGCAUCUUGUUUUAACUUUACGUUCAACGUCAUCAUGGCCACUCCCCAAGUUUUCCGAACAUCUCCAGAAACACCACAGGAAGAGCAGGCUGCCUCGGAUGGUGCAUCAUCAAUCGCCAAUGAGGAAAAGAACAACUACGUCAUUCCGGAGGAUCCAUUCGACACCGAGUAUAGCCGGAUUCUGUUUGAUGCUUUAGAUCAAUUACAGUCUAAUGGUACCAGUCAGCAUAUACCAAUCCCACAGCUCGUCAUUGUUGGCGAACAAUCUACAGGAAAAUCUGCUUUACUCCAAAGCUUGACAGAUAUCCCAUUCCCUGUUGGUUCGGGAUUGUGCACUCGCUUUGCUACACGGAUUGUUUCGAAGCGAACCGGGCCAAACACUAGCAACCAGUUCAAAGUCACAAUUGUCGAGCCGGAGGUCACGAUAAAGGGCCUGAGCUACGCAGAAGACGAUGCAUACAAGGAGUAUGUACGCAUUGGGGACAGUCUAACACCUGAAGAGUUUGGAUCAAUCAUGGAUGAGGUGUCUAAAGAUUACAUGGGUAUUAAGCCAGGGAAAGGAGAUGACAAGAAGAACUUUGCUACGCAGGUUCUUCGCAUCGAGCUGUCUGGACCCGGUCGUUCUCAGUUCAGCAUUGUUGAUAUUCCUGGGAUUUUCAGAAGUCACCAUAAUGUCAAUGCCCCCGAGAUGGCCGGAAUCAAGGAAAUGGUGCUACAGUAUAUGAAAAAUGAAGGAAACAUCGUCAUAUGUAUCCUGGAUGCAUCAAUUGACCUGACACGGCAAGAUCUUCCAUCUAUCGCAUUGAAAAACGUAUCCAAAGAUCGCAUCGUCGGUGUCUUCACAAAGUGUGACAAAGCUGACAACGCUGAUGAGAUAUGUUCAAUUGUUAGCAGCGGGGAAAGUCAUGAGCUAUCCACUGGCCACGGCUGGUUUGUUGUGCGUAAUCGGUUCAACAAUGAAGACAAAUCCUUUGAUCUUGCUCACGCUGAGGAAGAGCUUUUCUCCAAGCCUCCAUGGAACCAUAUUCCUCAUACUCAACGUGGUUCAAAUAUGCUCAAGAAGUACCUCAGCAAUCUGCUCUGCGCUAAUAUGCGCAACAACUUCCCUGCAAUCCAGGCUACCAUUCAACAAAAUUUGUUUGAUGCUAGGUCGGCAUUGCAAUCACUUGGCAAGCCUCGGCAUACACAUCAUGAUCGCGUACAGUAUUUAAAUGAUGUGGUACAAAGGUAUGAAACAAUUGCAGUCAGUGCCAUGGAAAAGCCUGGGCAGGUACGGGAGGAGAUGAGGAUCCGACAGAAGGUCAAAGACGAAAACGACAUAUUUUCGAAACUGAUGCGCGAGAAAGGUCACAAGUUCCAGUUCGAAGAUCCUGAGAUGGAUGCAGCGGAGACUUUGUACACAUCUGGCGAUGAUCCAUUCACUGUGUCAGUUCAUACUCCCGAGCGCGGACUUGGUGGAAAGUCAAUUCCUACAUUCAGCUAUCCUGUGACGCCCCCAUCCUCCAACGAUUCUCCUGUUAUUGGCAUCAAGCGUCAACCACCCCCGAGGCAACAGUUCAACCAAAAAAGCACUACUUCCAACGCAGCCUGUGCACUAUUUGAGGAUAUCAGACUCCAAAUUCGCACUUGCCAGACCACUCAGCUGCCUGGACUUAUUAACCCUGAUGUGAUGCCCACCCUGUUUCAAACGCAGACCGAGAAGUGGCAGGGAUAUGUAGAACAACACUUGCAAACAGUUUCAACAGCCGUGGGGGAUACCUCUUUUAUGAUACUCAACGAUGUUUGCCCGCGCACUUCGAGAUCUGUGGUACUACAUGAUGCCCUCCGCAAUUUUUUAUCUACGUCAUGGGAGGGUGCCCAGGGCGAGACGAAAGUCGAGCUAGACACAUUCUGCCAUAGGGAGCGUUCCCACAUGUUGAGCACCACAGACCCCAGAUUCCUUGACGAACUGAAGACAUUACAAACUAUCCGUCUGAUCCAGUCUCUACGGUCUCUCCCGCAAAGCACGAAUGUUUCCACGAUCUACGACCAGCUUCAUUUUUCGAUCGAAGAUAAUAUGGUCAGAACAGUACACGAUAUUCUCAAAGUAUAUUAUCAGAUUGCCCUAGAAUCAUUUAUCAGGCAUAUCACCCACAAUAUUGUUGAAAGCUUCGUCUCGAGUAUACAUAGUCCCCUGAAAGCUCUGACUACCAGCUGGGUAUCUUCCUUGAAACCAGAAGAGAUUGAAAUACUGACGCGCGAGGAUCAAGACACAAUCUCAAAAAGAGAGAAAUAUGCUGCGAUCAUUGAGAGGUUCGAGCUGGCUAAUGAAAUUGUAACAAAAGCGGGCAAUGAGACGGCGCAUCUCUCGAUUUAG